GUUGCUUCAGUCCGUGAUCUCUAAAAUCGAUAAAAAAGUUUUCAAAAUUAAGCUUCCGUCCACUGUAUCAAUGGCGCGGAGGCCUGGGAAUUGCAACAGAUGUCUGGUGAUUUUCUCGGUGGUAUCAGCUUUAGCUGUGUGUGGACCUGCUCUUUACUGGAAAUUCAACAAGUGUUUCGUUGGAUCAGCAUGUCGCAACUCCAUAUGUCCUCCUUGUGUCUGCGAUUGUCCUCCUCCUUUAUCUCUCCUCCAGAUUUCUCCCGGGCUUGCAAACCUCUCUGUUACAGAUUGUGGAAACGGUGAUCCAGAGCUCAAACAAGAGAUGGAGAAGCAGUUUGUGGAUCUUCUCACAGAAGAGCUGAAGCUACAAGAAGCAGUUUCAGAAGAGCAUAGUCACCACAUGAAUGCUACACUCGCGGAAGCCAAAAGAGUGGCUUCACAGUACCAAAAGGAGGCUGAGAAGUGUAACUCCGCCACAGAGAUUUGCGAAUCAGCUAGAGAGAGAGCUCAAGCGUUGUUUCUCAAAGAGAGGAAGAUCACUUCUUUGUGGGAGCGGAGGGCUCUGCAAUUAGGUUGGGAGAUGUUAAGGAACAUGAGAAUGUGUGAAAGGGGACAAGAGCAGAGAAGAGACAAAACUAGAGUAAGUCAAAAAUCGCAAUAAGGUUGACAUAAUGCAGCAUAUGAUAGCUCCAGGUAUCACGCGGUAUCAACUUUCAAUAUACAUUCAUGCACAAAAACAGCUGCUUUUUUCUAUUUCUUUGAUUUGUUUAUUUUAGUGUCAGCCAUUAUAAUACUCCCUCUCUCUCUCUGCCAUUAUUCUAAUGCUCACAUGGACAGAUUCCAUAAAGUUUUUUAAUCAACACUUUAGAUCUACUACCUUUAAAGAGCAGAUCUCGGUUCAGUGACUUCUGCAAACCGUCCAAACCCAUGUGGGUUGUCUAAACUCUAUACCUUGAGGCUAUUGGUUCUAUAUUCAACUUAAUAUGCGUGUUAUGUUUCUUCUGUGUUCUUCUCUGAAGCUUCCUUUCGUGGACUUCUGCUGUUUUUUUCUAACUUUGGAAUAAUUUUUUGUAUAUCUCUGGACACAGAGAUUGUAAUUUCUUUUUUCUUAAAUGGAAGGUUCCAUGAACAAGCGUGGAUACGAAUGCAGUCAAGAGGAUACAGACAACUUGCCCGAAUCAAAGAGACAAAAAGUUCCUGCCUUGGCAAGUGUUAUUGUGGAAGCUGUCAAGGUAGAUAGUCUGCAGAGGCUUUGCUCGUCUUUGGAGCCAUUGUUUCGCAGAAUCGUUAGCGAAGAGGUGGAACGAGCCUUAUCAAGGUUGGGAAAUGCAAAGUUAACGUCACCGGAACCAAAGAGGAUCCAAGGCCGCGAUGGAAGAAACCUGCAACUUCAUUUCAAGACGCGAAUGCCUCCUCACUUAUUCACUGGUGGGAAAGUCGAGGGAGAGCGAGGCUCAGCCAUUCAUGUGGUUCUUAUCGAUGCAAACACUGGAAAUGUAGUCCAAACAGGAGAAGAGUCGGCUUCAAAGCUGAAUGUUGUUGUGUUAGAAGGAGACUUCAAUGACGAGGACGAUGAAUACUGGACGAGAGAGCACUUUGAGAGCUUUGAAGUGAAAGAGCGAGAAGGGAAACGCCCAAUACUGACCGGUGACACGCAGGUGACGCUUAAGGAAGGUGUGGGAAGUUUAGGAGAGCUUACUUUUACAGACAACUCGAGUUGGAUUAGGAGCAGAAAGUUUAGGCUUGGUGUUAAGUCUGCUCCAGGGUAUGGUGAUAGCUUUUGCAUUCGUGAAGCCAAAACAGAACCUUUUGCUGUCAAAGAUCAUAGAGGAGAAUUAUACAAGAAGCAUUAUCCACCUGCUUUACAUGAUGAAGUCUGGAGACUUGAUAGAAUAGCAAAAGACGGAGUGCUACACAAGAAGCUAUUGAAAUCGAGCAUUGUGACAGUCGAAGACUUCCUCCGUCUUCUUGUUAAGGAUCCACAGAAGCUGAGAAACUUGCUUGGGAGUGGAAUGUCUAACAGAAUGUGGGAGAACACUGUGGAGCACGCAAAGACAUGCGUGUUGGGUGGUAAGCUUUAUGUGUUUUACACAGACCAGACUCAUGCUACAGGCGUUGUCUUCAACCAUAUCUAUGAGUUCAGAGGCCUAAUUUCAAAUGGACAGUUCCUAUCUCUGGAGUCUCUUAACCAUGACCAAAAGAUUUCUGCAGACAUUUUGGUGAAGAUGGCUUAUGAAAACUGGCAUAAAGCUGUUGAAUACGACGGUAAGCUCUUGAACUGCUUACCAGUUUCCGAGAAGGAGAUAAAGAGCUUACCUGAACCGAAAAUGGCCACGGCACAUACAGCUCAGAGCCAUCAACAGCUGCAAUGUCAUCAGAAUGUUAUUACCUAUUCGCCGGUCCCUCAGCCGAUGGAGUAUCCUCAGUUUGUGCAGCAACAUUGCAGCCAAUUGUUACCUUCGUUACCUUGCAAUGUACAAGAUUACAACAACAAGUCGAUGGAAAGUUCAAAUGUCUCAGGGUCAUACAGUGGAGAAGAUUGGUGUCGACCAAGAGCUACAGGACAAGGUCUUGAAGACAUUUUCAGUGAAGAAAUCAGACUAAGGAGCUCUGAGAUGCUUGAAACUGACGAUAUGCAGAGGCUGUUGAAGACUUUUGGCAUCGGUGUGAACAGUAUGGGAACACAAGGCGGGUUUGGUCAGACCGAUGAGUCUUGUUACGGUUACAGCGUCCCGUACCAGGCCCAGAUUGAUAACACGUAUAGGAGAGAGCGUAAUAGAGGUUCCGGAAAAGCUGUGGUGGGAUGGCUUAAGCUUAAAGCUGCAUUGAGAUGGGGUAUCUUCAUACGCAAGAAAGCUGCAGAGAGGAGGCCUCAGAUUGUGGAGAUCGAGUGAAAUAAGAUGGAGAAGAGCCUCUUUUGGGUUUUCUCUUUGAAAAGUUUGCGUUUUCGAAGUUCAUUUUUUGGAUGAACAAUCUAAGAGUAAGAGAAGUGUGGACUUUGCUUUUGUAUUGUAAUGCUUUAUUUGUUUGAUAUCUUUUGUUAGUUUUUGUUUUUGCCAUCAUUAUAUAUAACCUUUUCUUUUUACUAGAAGAUUUGAACAUUAUGACAUUAUUUCUUUUUGAACAAAAAAAAAUAAUAGACAUUAUUUCUAAAAUUAUUUGGUGAAAAUUUGUUUUUCAAACU